UCAGACUCCCUCCCUCGUGUCCACCUGGAGCGUCAUGGUGGCAGGAAGACGGCCGCUGCUCCUGCUCCCGUUCUUACCCUUGGUGCUGGCCUGUUUUGCUCCCCUUGAAAUCGAUUACCCUAAAGUGCUCUCUUAACCUCUGCACGCUGGAAAUCAUAGCGCUUUUUCCAAAGGGACAGUUUUCCGUAGAAUUGGCCAUUUAAAUUGCAGCACAAGAUUGAAGAAAACACAUUUAACUGUGGAAAGGCCAUCGACAGUAGCCCUGGGAAGCUGACACAGAAGAUUGAGGCAUCACUGAGGUGACCUGCUCUUGAGAUUUCAAAAGUGAACCAACCAAUCCACCGCCACAGCAUCUCCUCGGCACACCACACAAUUCCUGGAAUGUGAAUCUCAUGUUCUAGCAAGGAUGAGAAAGAGAAGCAGAUUUCCUGAGAGCCAAGAAGGGCCAACCUGAAGGGAAAAGGAGGAGCUGGACGUUAGGCAUCUUCUAAGGGACUCUUCUAGCUAUGAAACGGCAACAAAAGAGGAAGCAUCUAGAAAAUGAAGAGUCCCAGGACACUGCUGAGAAGGGAGGAGGAAUCUUGAAGUCACGAGAGGAUGCUCCUCAGCUUGAAUCGACCGAGGUGGCCAAAGGCUGCGGCCCAGGGGCAGGGGAGGUCUCCUCUGCUUCUGAAUACUUCUCCUGUGUUUCUUCUCCACACAAGCUCCUCCAUGGCGGAAUCCGGAGAUUACAUCGAGACAGUCCCCGGCCUAGAUCACCCCUAGCCCAGGUUCAGGAACGGGGGGAGACUGCUUUCCCCUCACCACAUGUCUCCUUCUCAUCCCCUUCAUCCUAUAAGACUUGUGUGUCCUCUCUGAAUGUAAACAAAGAGGAAAGGGGUAUGAAAAUAUACUACAUGCAGGUGCAAAUGAAAAAGGGUGUGGCUGUCUCCUGGGAGACAGAGGAAACCUCGGAGUCACUAGAAAAGCAGCCGAGGAUGGAAGAAGUGACCCUUCCUGAGGACGUACGAGUAGGUACUCCCCCCUCCGAUGUGUCCACCAGAAACCUCCUGUCUGACAGCGAGCCCAGCGGGGAGGAGAAAGAGCAUGAGGAAAGGACAGAGUCAGAUAGCCCACCAGGGUCACCCACAGUUGAGGAGAGACCCAGGGCCAGGACACCUGACUGGCUGGUGACCAUGGAGACUGGCUUCAGGUGCAUGGCCUGCUGCCGGGUCUUCUCCACCUUGGAGAGCCUCCAGGAGCACGUGCAGUUCGGGAUCAGGGAGGGUUUCAGCUGCCACGUCUUUCACCUCACCAUGGCUCAGCUGACAGGCAACAUGGAAUCGGAGAGCACCCAGGAGGAGGAAGAAGAGGAGGAGGAGGAAGAGGAGGAGCCAGAGAAGCAAGAAGAAAAGGGGAACGAGGAGGAACAGCCCACAGAAGAAGACCUUGGCAUGAGAAGGGCCUGGAGCCAGUGUCCAGGCUGUGUGUUUCAUUCUCCAAAGGACAGGAACAACUGAGAUUCAUGGACCAGAAGAUCCUGGAAGAUGGUGUGGCCUUUUCUUGGGCGAGGGAGAAGAUAGGACCAUCCGGAUAGUAGCAGGCAGACUACCAGUGGUAUGAAGGAAGAUGAAGGGACCAGAGCUCAGUCUAACAUUAACAUCAUACGCAAUAAAGGC